CUAACAUAGGCCCUCCCGCUGCACUGGCCGCCAUGGGGCUGGGGCUGCUGCUCCCACUGCUGCUGCUCUGGACUCGGGGGACCCAGGGGUCUGAGCUGGACCCCAAUGGGCAGCAUGUCUGCAUAGCCAGCAGCUCCUCUGCCAAGCUCCAGUGCUGCCCAGGCUGGAGGCAGAAAGAUCAAGAAUGCACCAUCCCCAUCUGCGAGGGGCAGGAUGCCUGCCGGGAAGACGAGGUGUGCGUGAAACCAGGCCUUUGUCGAUGCAAACCUGGAUUCUUCGGGGCCCAGUGCAACUCCCGCUGCCCGGGCCAGUACUGGGGCCCCGACUGCCGUGAGAGCUGCGCCUGCCACCCGCACGGCCAGUGCGAGCCGGCCACGGGCGUGUGUCACUGCCAAGCCGACCGCUGGGGCGACCGCUGCGAGUUCGCGUGCACCUGCGGCCCACACGGGCGAUGCGACCCCGUGACGGGCGCGUGCCGCUGCGAGCCCGGCUGGUGGUCACCCACGUGUCGCCGCCCGUGCCAGUGCAACCCGGCGGCGGCACGCUGCGAUCAGGCCACCGGCUCCUGCCUGUGCGAGCCGGGCUGGUGGGGCCGCCGCUGCAGCUUCCGCUGCACCUGCCACGGCUCGCCGUGCGCGCAGGAGACGGGCCGCUGCGCCUGCCGGCCGGGCUGGUGGGGCCCCGACUGUCGGCACCGGUGCGAGUGCGCGCGCGGCCGCUGCAGCGCCGCCUCCGGCCAGUGCUCCUGCCCGCCCGGCUUCCGCGGCGCGCGCUGCGAGCUGCGCUGCCCGGCCGGCAGCUACGGGGCGCAGUGCCGCCACAGCUGUGGCCACUGCAAGCAGAAUGAGCCGUGCUCUGCGGACACAGGCAGCUGUGAGUCCUGCGAGCCAGGGUGGAACGGGACCCAGUGCCACCAGCCCUGCUCACCUGGCACCUUUGGUGAGAGCUGCAGGCAGCAAUGCCCCCACUGCCGGCUUGGGGAGGCCUGUCAGCCAGACACUGGCCACUGUCAGCGCUGUGACCCUGGCUGGCUGGGGCCCAGAUGUGAAGACCCCUGCCCGAAUGGCACUUUUGGGGAGGGCUGUGGCUCUACCUGCCCCACCUGUGAUCAGGGGGCCUGCGAUGCCGUGACUGGGGAAUGUGUCUGCAAUGCCGGCUACUGGGGGCCCAGCUGCAACACUUCGUGCCCAUCUGGCUUCCAUGGCAACAACUGCUCUAUUCCCUGCGAAUGCUCAGAGGGACCCUGCCACCCUGUCUCUGGGGCCUGCCAGCUGGGGUCUCGCAGUCAGGAUGCUGCCCUCAUCGCGGGCAUCCUUGUGCCUCUGCUGCUGCUCCUCCUGGGCCUCGCCUGCUGCACCUGCUGCUGCUGGGCUGCUCGGUUGGACCCCAAGGACAGGCCUGUGAGAGAUGGAGCUGCUGUGUCCAGGAUGAAGCUGCAGGUCUGGGGGGCACUGACCAGCCUGGGCUCUGCGCUGCCCUGUGGUUCCCUCAGCAGCCACAAGCUUCCCUGGGUAACAGUCUCGCACCACGACCCGGAGACGCCCUUCAACCACAGCUUCAUUGAGCCGCCCUCUGCCGGCUGGGCCUCGGACGACUCCUUCUCUUCGGAUCCCGAGUCUGGAGAGGAGGACGAGGGUCCUGCCUACUGUGUGCCACCCCAAGAAGGGAUGGUCCCUGUGGCCCAAGCAGAGCCGUCAGAGGUCAGCCUGGCUGGAGGUCCCUUCCCUCCCCCGGAGGAUGCCUCCAUGCCAUUCGCCAUCCCUCGCACUUCCAGCCUAGCACGGGCCAAGCGGCCGUCAGUCUCCUUUGCCGAAGGCACCAAGUUUGCACCGCAGAGUCGCAGAAGCUCAGGGGAGCUCUCCAGCCCACUCCGAAAGCCCAAGAGGCUCUCCCGGGGCGCCCAGCCAGGUCCUGAAGGCCAGGAGACAGAGGAGCCCACAGGCCCAGAGCAAGCAGAAAUGGACAAGGCCCUUCCUGGUGCUGCCAGCCCCAGGGAUUCAACCACUGGCCGCCGCCGGCUCCCACUUGGUGGCCGGACAGUGGCUGAGCGUGUGGAAGCCAUCGAGGGCAGUGUCCAGGAGAGCUCAGACUCUGUAACCACUAUCUACAUGCUGGCAGGGACACCCCGGGGAUCUGAGGGCCCUGUCCGGUCUGUCCUCCGCCGUUUUGGUAGCUUCCAGAAAGGCCAGGCAGAGCCGAAGGUCAAGAGUGCCAUCCCCAAGCCUCCACGGCGGGCCCUGAGUCGGAACAAGGGCAGCCCAGGGCCGGCCUCUAGCUCUGCCAAUCAGAGCCCUGGCUCAGCCCCAAAGGAGGAGCUCAAGGGGACUUUGGAGUCUGUAGGAGCUGGGCCAGAGGAAGUGGGCAGGGACCUGGGGGAUGGCAUCAAGAACUCAGGGAGGGCCCAGGAGCCAGGCCCUGAGGGCAGCCCCCCAGAACAGGAUCCCCAGAAGCUGGCUGAAGGGGAAGGGCAGGAGGAGCCCCAGUAUGAGAAUGUUGUAACCAUCUCUGGGCCACCAGAGCCCUGAGGACCUUGAAUUUGGGGACUGGGAAGAGUAUGGUUGGGGGUGGGCAUCAAACUGCCCCUGGAUCAGACUGUGUUUUGUGCUGGACAAAGAGCCCAGGGCCAGGAAAGACAUAGCAGAGCCUCUGCCCUUCCAUGGGAAAUGUGAGUUAGAGGCCAGCUGGCCCUGGGCCCUGGCAGUGCUCCGGGAGUGCUCUGGAAGGCCUGGGCAGAGACCCUGUGGGAUGGGGUCAGAAAGGGGAAAGGAUGGCUGCAGGGACUUUUUCUCUGUUGUCCUGGACUCUGUUUACCCCAGGAGGCUAUUCUUUCCUUCAUUUGCAAAACAUUUUUCUGAAAUGGGAAAUAACCUAAAUGUUUGAUGAUAAAAGAUUGGUUAAAGAAAUAUUUCUUAUGAUAGCUUCCUAAACAACCACAAAAAAUCAUGUUGUGCAAGAAUAUUUAAUAUGGGAGAUGGGGAGAAUGUUCACGCUAUACUAGUAAUUGUAAAAAGUAAGUUUUCUUCUUAUAAAUUUCACUUCUUUUUGCCUCAGGACACAUGUUGAGAAUUUUUCCAUUUUGUGUCUAUUUUGUGAUUGCUUUACAAACUGUUUUUUUAAAAAAGGAUGUGUGUGCAUUAAAAAGAUUAAAAGAAAGGCAUCAUAUGGCAUUUUUCUCUGGGAGAGGAGAUUGUGGCUGAUAUUUAUUUUCUUAAACCUCUGUGUAAUUUGCAAAUUUUCUACAGUGAACAUUCUUUUUACUUUUCUCCCUACAUUGCAUUUUUUAAAAAAUUGUAAAAAGCAAUGUUCUUUGUUAAAAAUAAAAAGUACUAAGAUUGCAGACAUGUUUAAAGUAAAAAUGAGACUUUCCUUCUCUCCACAGGAGUCUGACAGACAAGGGAGGGGCUCGACUUACUUUUCACUGAAUGCCUUUUGGUCUUGUUCUGAUUUCUUUCCUCACAUAGUUCUUGUAUUACCUAGUCAGGAAAUAAAGAGUGGCUUUCUCUUCUAUCCCAGUGCUCAGAGAAUCUCAUGAACAGUAUAGAUGCUUCAUUUCAGAUGUUUUUCUGUGCAUGUGAAAACAAAAGAGCAUACUAUUCUACAUUUUGCUUUUUCACUUAACAAUAUAUCCUGGAUCUCUUUCAAUGUCAGUAACUAUAAAGCUACCUCUUUUUAUUAAAAAUGGCUGCAUGGGAUUCCAUCAUGUAGAAAUACACAGGUUAUUGAAAUCAUCACCUACCUAUGGGGAUUGGGUUGUUUCUCGUUUUGACACAAUAAGUGAUACAGAGUACAAACUUGUCCAUAUUUCUUUUUGCACUUGUGCAAGUUUUUCUGUAGAAGAGAUUCCUACCAGUGGAAUUGCUGGGUUAUGGGGUAAGAACAUUCAACACUUGUGUACUUACUCCAAACUGCCCUCCAAAAAAGGAUUGUUUUGUAUUCUCACAGAUUAUGGUGGCAACUAUUUCUCCAAUCGGAGAAGUUAAGAAUGGCAUCUCCUUAUUUUAGCACAGGAAAAAUAACUAAAUAAAAUAAUAACGUGGUAAAGCUUCUUAAAAAGUUAAAAUCUUUGUACAGAUAAAAGUUUUUUG